CCCCAGCGGCGCCCGCGGCCCAGCCCUGAGCCCCCGCCCCGGGGGCUGGCAUGAGCGGCGCUUUGGCGGCGCCGGGGGGCGGGGGAGCCGCCGCCUGAUCCCCGGCCUGCCGCCGACCCCUCCUCGCUGACCGCGGCUGACCGCGGAGCUGACGAAAGACCCCGCCACUGCUUACCCCCCACCCUCCCCUCACCCCCAGAUCACACACCCUAGCCUCGGAAGAUGGGGAACUGCCUCAAAUCCCCCACUUCGGAUGACAUCUCUCUGCUCCACGAGUCUCAGUCCGACCGGGCUAGUUUCGGCGAAGGGACGGAGCCGGACCAGGAGCCGCCGCCGCCAUAUCAGGAACAAGUUCCAGUUCCGGUCUAUCAUCCAACACCUAGCCAGACUCGCCUAGCAACUCAGCUGACUGAAGAGGAACAAAUUAGGAUAGCUCAAAGAAUAGGCCUUAUACAACAUCUGCCUAAAGGAGUUUAUGACCCUGGAAGAGAUGGAUCAGAAAAAAAGAUCCGGGAGUGUGUGAUCUGUAUGAUGGACUUUGUUUAUGGGGACCCAAUUCGAUUUCUGCCGUGCAUGCACAUCUAUCAUCUGGACUGUAUAGAUGACUGGUUGAUGAGAUCCUUCACAUGCCCCUCCUGCAUGGAGCCAGUUGAUGCAGCACUGCUUUCGUCCUAUGAGACUAAUUGAGCCAGGAUCUCUCAUCUGACUUCAAGUGAACCUUCAUUUUUUGGUGGUUUUGAUCUUUUGUCACUGAGCCCAAAGAGCCAGGGAUUAGGAAUUAAGAUCAUGCACAAUGUUUCCUAAAAAUUCCUGAAUGGCUGCAGAUGUUGGGGAAAAGUACGUCAUAUUUUAGAAACUUAGGGGGAAAAGUAGGAUGGUAUUUUUAUGUAAAGCCUUGACCCAGUGUUUAAAAAAAUAUAAUUGUAUUUAGAUCUUGUUAUUGGUCCAGUACAUAGGAAUUGUGUAAAGUGUUACAGCAGCUGUUAUAUGUUUAAAUCGUGUGUGUUGAAGAUUAGGAAAAAGAUAGUGGUUGUUUUUCCUAAAUGAAAUAACUUUCUUCUUCCCCACCCAAAUUCUUUUCUGAAGUUGCUAGCAUUUGGGUCAAGGUUUUAUUAAAAGCUACAUUUUAUAACACUGGCACAAAAAAAGUAGUUUUAAGCUUGUUUGCACAGUUCUUUUUUUCCAUUGGAAAUGGAAUUCAUUGCCUUAGGUCUUUUUAAAUAGUGUAUUAUUAUCGUUGGGGCUGGCUCUAUGCUUGAAAACCAGUUUAUUUAUAACCUGUUAUAAGUGCUAUAUCUGUUUGCAGUUAGGAAAUGCAGAAUUCAAAGUGAUCUCCUAGCUUGUAAGCAAACUGAGAUGCACUAUCCCUUUCUAUAAAAAAACAUGAGUUAAUGUGUCAAGAAGCCAACUCUAGUAGGAGUUUAGUAUUACCCUUUCCAAUGUGUUUUAUCUGAUUAUUUUGGUUAAUAUGGUGAUAAUUAAAAGUUAAGGUAAAUUUUAAAAAUUAAGAUUUCUGAUUUAUUGAGCUUGAAUUAUGCCACAAUGCUUAUGUAAAAAUGAAAGUGGCACCAUGGUGAAACUGAGAAAAGUUUCUCAGUUUUUCUUGUGACCUCCUUCCCUGUUGUCUUGAACCAUAGCAAAAGGAUACUGCAUCUCUUAUUAUUGUAGUGCUGAGGUUAUUGAAAUUAUACAAAACACAUCUCAGUCUCUGUUUCUUGGAAAGUCCUGCUAGCUGACUGGCAAGUCUAGUAUAAGCAAGGAUAAAUAAGAUAUAUGUAUUUCAUGUUUUGCACACAAAUGCAGAAUUUGUAUAACCACAUGACUUCAUAGUUGUGAUCUCAAAAAAGAAGGAAUUUCUCCUUUAUUUUAUCUUGCAGUUAAUGUAAGAACACUGAAUCUCUAAGCUUCUGAAGUGUUAGAGGUAGAGAUGGUCUAGUAAAGAAGUAGUUGUAAUGUUUUAUCCAUUUUUAGCAUGUGUUUAUUUUUCCGUAUGUACUCAGAGGUGGUUUAUUUGUUCAGCUCAGUGAUAUUACAGCUAAAGAAAUCAUUCAUUAGCAAAAGGAGAAGCAGUUUCAUCCUAACAAAUCAGAAAUGUUUCUUAUUUUAUAUUGAGUUGAAUAUUUGACUCUAACACUUUUCUAGAUACAAAAUACAAGUAUCUUAAAGGUUCUUCAUAACUGCGUAUAGAGGAAUUUAGUAUGUCAUAAGUGCUUUUUAAAGAUUUGACAUUUGGCUGUAGUAUCCAUAUGUUGGUUAAUUUUCUUAUGAGCCCCAUGAUGGAAAGACUUAAAGAUGAAUUUGAGAGAAAAAAAAUGAAAGUAAUUAGAUUGUCAGGUUUAUUAAAUUGUUACAUGUAUCUUGCUUAAUUUUUGUUCAUUAAUUUAUAUCCACCCAAUUACAUAAAGCAAAUUUGGAGGAAACACCUGAAGUUGUGCAAUAUUUUUAGUGAUAUUACUGUUUUUAUCCUUGUGUUUUCUACUUAAACAUGAUGUCUGUGUUAUCAAGUAUUAUAGUCAGACUUUUUUUCUAGAUCUUUAAAUUUGGUAAAUGAACUUUUUAAAACUCAUUUUUUAUGUUGCUGUUAGUCUUUCUUUAUACAUGGCUUCUUUCACAGAAGUUUGGUAGUAUUGAAGGUACCAGUAUUGAGUUGAAUGCUUUUUUUUUUUUAGGUACUUUGUAUUCUUUGAUUUUGACCUUCAGCUACAUGUUAAAAACCACCAAUUUUGGCUUUUACUAAGUUAAAUAAAGUUAUAAUACAGUUGUAAAGA